UAUAUAUUGACUAUUCUAUCUGUACCUACAAUGAGAUUUCAACUUUGGAGUUUUCAUCUUUUUUUUCUUUCCAAUUUGUGGAGGAAAAUAAAUCAGCAUCUCAUACCUAUCCAUCGACUGAUACGUGUCACACAUUGUAUCCAACGAUCCAAAAUUAUAAAACAAAUAAUCUCUAAUAUAUAUCCAAAUAGCACAAAGAACCUUCACUUUUCUCUCCCACUCUUUCUUUUACUACUCUCACACAUAUCUCUGUCUAUAUAUCACUUUACAUAAACGACUAUUCCACACACAAACACACAUAGCCAUGGCCUCUUCUUUCUCUUCACAAGCCUUCUUCUUGCUCACAUUGUCUAUGGUUUUAAUUCCUUUCUCUUUAGCUCAAGCUCCCAUGAUGGCUCCUUCUGGCUCAAUGUCCAUGCCGCCUAUGUCUAGCGGCGGUGGAAGCUCGGUUCCUCCUCCAGUGAUGUCUCCGAUGCCAAUGAUGACUCCACCACCUAUGCCUAUGACUCCACCACCCAUGCCCAUGACUCCACCACCUAUGCCUAUGGCUCCACCACCAAUGCCCAUGGCUUCACCACCAAUGAUGCCAAUGACUCCAUCUACAAGCCCAAGCCCAUUAACAGUUCCGGAUAUGCCUUCGCCGCCGAUGCCAUCCGGAAUGGAAUCUUCACCUUCUCCAGGACCCAUGCCACCGGCAAUGGCGGCUUCGCCGGAUUCAGGAGCUUUCAAUGUUAGAAACAACGUCGUAACACUUUCAUGCGUUGUUGGAGUUGUUGCAGCCCAUUUUCUCCUCGUUUGAAAUGAUUAUUGAAUUGGUCAGCCUCGAUCGUUUUCUUGUAAUUUACCUUCAUUUUUUUCCCUCAAAUUAUUAGUGGUCAUCAUUUUAUAAUAUUUGAGUUUGUGUUUGAUGUACGAUUCAGACAUUUGUUUGCAUUAUGUGCUUAAUAAGUUUAUCGUUGACUCUACUUGAAGAGAGACUUUGUAUGUGAUGUAAAUUUCUUCUAUCUAUGGAACAUUGCAUUCGUAGUCAUAUAUAGGACAUAAAUAUGGUUACAACUUGGAAGGAUAAAUACCACAAGGCACAAUAUGAUCAAUACGACAAUACCUCUCAUUGUUAGUCGAUAAUAUCGAUGUAUAUAGUCACUAGACUCACCGAU